AUGUCUUCCCGCAUGAAUCCAUCGACUUGGUGGCUGGCGAUUCUAAGCCCCCUUCUAGAAGCAUGUCACUCACCGAGGACCGCCUCUCACUUGAUCAAACGUUCAAGUUGGUGGAGAAACCCAGCACUUGCAGUUGUUUCCUCGCUUCGCGCCGUAUGGCCAAGACAACUCUAUCCCAUCUUCACCCUACGCGGAAAUGGCCCGGGGGCUGAUGGAGCUUUACGACGUUCGACAUGCCCGCUCAUUUGA